UAAUAUAAUGGGAAACUUCUUUUAAAAAUAGAGCAAUAUUAUGUAGGUGUCACAAGAAUGUCCAUACAAUUCGUCAUUCAUAUCUGUUUGGAUAGUUUGAAAUACGGAUUUUUGUUGUAUGGCACGGAAAUAUGCAUGUAGAUAAACACUGCCAAAGGACCAGACUACAUGUAUGAGAUGUCUGGAAAAACUGAUAUUGAGUCAGAUGCUGUGCCUUCAGAGGUCCCAAUUGGAAAUGGAGUUGAAGCAGUUUCUUCAUCAGCAGCAGGGAAUUUUAAAGGAUUGUAUGAAGACGAACAAAGUAAAUUUGUUUCUAAACAUUUUCACCAUUUACCAUCAUGUUUGAAAGUAGCUUGCUUCGAUAUUUUUAUCAUAUAUCACGAAGAUGAUUAUAAAGAGGUAGAUAAAUUUCGGCUAGCUCUUUCUAGCAUACAAUUAAGCAACGGAAGAAAAAUUAAUGCAGUGCUAUAUGACGGAGGAGAGCUUAUUUCCUUAGCCGGUGGUGAGCUAGAUAACUUAGAAGAAUCCUUUGAACGAUGCACAUAUUGUUUUGUUUAUCUUUCUAAAGUCUUUGUGAAGGACAGUUGGUGCAAAUUAAUGGGUCAAGCUUGUCUAAUGGAAACAAUAUAUAACGACAAAAAGCAAUGGUGUGUGAUGCCUGUAUUGACUGCACCAAGACGACAGGUGAAAUUUAAAAUACCAAUGGGGUUAAAUGCGCUCAAAGAAAUCAAAUAUUAUCCAUCAAACAAAUUAUUCGACACAAUUGUCCAAGCACUAAUCAAUAGCAGACUAAACGAAAGGGAAGAAAGAGAACUUAAGUUGCAACAUAAACGGCAUUCUUAUCUUAUUGAGAAAGUAGCAUCAGACCAAUCAAUAGAUUCCAUAAUACAUCGAAGAAUUCCAAAUUUGGAAAAAUCGAUCGUAAAGUUAAAUUGUUCAAAAGAGACACAACCCUACCAAAGCGAUUUAGAUGCUGCAACUGCUAAUUUGAAUAAUAUUGAUUUAGAAACUGACGGUGCAUAUGGUGGUUCUUCUCAAGAUGCAUGCUACAGAUCUAACCGUAACAUCCGUUCGAAAUAUGUUGACCCAACAAAUUUGUCCAAUUUUUGGAAGAGAUGUGACGAUAAAGACUUAAUGAGAAACUAUAGAAUCCUUACAAAAGCUUCGUAUUCAGUAGGGAUUAUUCGUGACCCAGAUGGGACAGGAAGCGGAUUUCGGGUUGGCAGCAAGUUCUUUGCAACAGCUCGUCACGUAGUUUACAAUAUUAUUGCAACCAACAACACAAUUGAUAUAAAUAAACUAAGGUCAAGCAGAUGCUAUGUUGAGUUUGAGUAUAUAUCACACAACCAGAUUCAGAACGAAAAAAAUGUGUUCCAUUUCACAAAUAUAGCUUAUGAGAAUGUAGAUUUAGAUGUAGUUAUUCUAGAAUUGAAAGAAGAAAGAGACAAACCUUUCCCACCGUCCAUUUCAAUGAUCUCUAAAAUUAAAAAGAACAAUCCAGUAUAUAUAAUCAGUCAUUUAGCCGGCCUUCCGCAAACUGCAGAUCCAAGGAUUGAAUUAUAUCAGUUGAAAAAGGACGAAGUAGAAAAGUCAAAAGAAUGGGCAGCCUCAAAAGGAAUCAACGUAGAAAACGAGUAUUGUGACAUUGCUAAAACCGAUAAGAUAUUAUUCCACUGUGCAUCAGGGCCAGGUGCAUCCGGGGCAUUAGGAAUCAUGGUUGAUAAGCGUCUAGAUGAACCAUAUGGUGUUCUGAUGUUAUUAAGGGGAUAUCCAAAUUUCUUGUAUGAAGAACUUUCAUUUUCAGACACCGACAAAGAGAACUUUUUAACAGUUGAACAAGGCGUUCUUCUGUCUUCUGUAUAUGAAGACAUGAAAAGGCAAGAAAAGUACAACGACCUUGUAGAAGACAUAACUGAUAGCUUAAAUGAUUCAGAUGAUAAUGAUUGAAAAUGAUGAUUGUGCGGUAAUAGCAAAACUAUUUAGGAUAUAAUUUAAUAACUUGUAUCUCACUAACUUAGAAAUGUUGGUGUCUAAAUGAAAAUUUUUCUGGUUUUGAAAUUAAAUGUUUAGAGGAGGAAAUCUAUAUUGGAACUAAUAAUUGUACAGCUAUGUUAGACAUUUUUAGAGAAUGUUUAGAACUACUCAUUAUUAUGACAGAUCAUACUUUGAGAUUCAAUCAAAGAAAAAAUGAAUAUGUUUGAUAUCUGUUUAUACAAAUACUAAGACCAUGAACAUAGUUUCAUUAUAUACCAUAAUUUAGAAACUGUUUGACAGUGGUACUUGAAUCAUCUUAGGUUAUUCCAUACGAACCACCUUGUGUGUCUCAUGGAAGCGUGCUCGUCUCGAGUAGCAGAGGUCGGGUCGGGUAACGCAAAGACUUGAAAAUUUAUAUUUACUGCUUCUUCGCAACGCAAUAAGCAUUAAAGAGCAAGAGAAAGACUGGUUGGCUUAGAGUCAGAAAAGUUUGUCUGGAUAGGAUGACAUGGAAUGUAACCUUGUAAACUAGCACGAUAAAAAUCCUGUUCAGCAUGUCGGUCUAGUACAAAGUAAGGGUCAACAGUCUUAUCGUACUGACAUGCAUAUAAUACUUGACACUGGACGUUAAACAACAAUUCAUUAUCAUGUGUGUUUCUAGUUGUUGGUAUCUCGGUUUAAUAAGGAUUCCAUAGUCGUCUGUUGGUUCAACUUGAUACAUGAAUCGCUCUUGUCUACAAACGUGACUUGUAACUUUGCGUACGCCAUCCUGACUCAACGUUGAGAAACUAGCAUGCCGGUAUAGUAUACAAAGUAAGGAUCGAACGUGUUGGUACUGACAUGCAUAUAAUACCUGCUACUGGACGUUUAACUACAAUUUAUCAUCAUUGGUGUUUCUAGUUGUUGGUACCUCGGUUUAAUAGUAAUUCUCUAGUCGUCUGUUGGUUCAACCGAAUACAUGAAUCGCUCUUGUUGUACACAAACAUGACUUGUAACAUUGCUUAAGCCAUCUUGACUCAACUUUGAAAAACUAGCAUGCCGGUUUAGUACAAAGUAAGGAUUGAACGUGUUCUCGUACUGACAUGCAUAUAAUACUUGCCAUUAAACAGCAAUUCAUAAUCAAGGGUGUUUCUAGUUCUUGGUAUCUCGGUUUUUUUACUGUUUGAAAAUUAUAUGCAUGUGUAUAAAAUUUAAAUACAAACUUUGGAAUCAAAAGAGAUAUUAAAAUCAAAAAUUACAUGUAAUAUUAUUCAUUUUAUCAAAGUUCACAAUUAUUUAAACAUAAAUAAAUAUAACAUAAAAAAAUAAAUUUUUAUCUUAAAAAAUGUUUGAUACUUAUAAAAACGUUUUUUUUCUUCCGAGGAUUUAUUUCUACGUAUGCAAAAUUGAAAUCAACCUACAAGUAUGUUCAUACUUAUUUUGAGAUUUUGCUUCUUAUUUGAAAUCAGUUAAUAUAGAGCUCUAUAAAAAAGACAAAAAUACCUCAGAAAACAUCUGAUGGGGCACAACCAAUACAUAAACUCAGUGAAGAAAAUACUGUGAAACGUUCUAACACUAAUAAAACAAUUACUAUCCACACUGAUCUGUGUCCACACUUGUAUGUUCAUAGAAUAUAUAUUAUCAAUUAAAUAUUGCAAAACAAAUCAUUAUAUCGUUUAUUUAAGAACUCUUUGCACCAUAAAAUAAUGUGGGACAAUCAGAACCUUUGAUGUGGAAUAAAAAAAACCUCUAAAAUAAAAAAAAAAAACAAUAUAUGGGACAUUCGGAGAUAAGCAUCUCCUCUUUUUUAUUAAUAUUGUAUUUAUAUUGUGUCAUAGAUCAAAUUUAUUUGUUCAGUGUAUGUUUACUUGUUUUUGUUAAUAUGUCUUUUUGGUCGAGUUAAGCCAUUUCACUUGAUAUUUUAUAGUGUGUCUUUCUAUGUUGUAAUGUUACACUACUGUUUCAGGUUAGGGCGAAGGUUGGCGCCUGUUAAAACGUUUAAACCCGCUGCAUUUGUUUGCACCCGUCCUAAGUCAGGAACCCAUUGUUCAGUGGUUGUCAUUUGUUGAUGUGGUUCAUUAGUGUUUCUCGUUUCUCGUUUUUUAUAUAGAUUAGGCCGUUGGUUUUCCUGUUUGAAUUGUUUUACACUAGUCAUUUUGGGGCCCUUUAUAGCUUGUUGUUCGGUGUGAGCCAAGGCUGCGUGUUGAAGGCCGUAUUUUGACCUAUAAUUGUUAACUUUUUACACAUUGUGACUUGGAUGGAGUGUUGUCUCAUUGGCACUCAUACCACAUCUUCUUAUUUCUCUUUAUUAUGUAAACAAUAUACAAUACACAAAAAGGCAAGUGAUUCUCGUAUUCAAUGUGAAUAUUUACUCAUUGUCGAAUUUUUAGACGAGUGAAGUAAUUAAUGAAUAGACGAGACGGUUAUUUGACACUUUAACUAUUAUCAAUAAAAACUUUAAGAAAAA